AUGAAUAUAUCAUCUACAUUAUCAAAUCUAUAUUUUAAUGAAUAUUACUAUGAACCAUCAACGUUUUCAGCAUAUACUACUGAUCAACUCUAUUAUAAUUAUCAGUAUGAUGCUAAUUCAACACCAAUUCUAAAUUAUUCAACAAAUAAUUAUAAUCUUUUUCAUAAUGAUUUCUUAUAUUCACAAGAACCAACAGUCAAUACAAUUAAAAUUCAUAUUAAUCCUUUUUUCAAACCUCGUUCAUCACAACAUACUAGUGAAUCAUCAACUGAAAUUGAACAACCACAACAUAAUUUAUCUGUAUCUUCACGAAGUCAAAGUCGCUCAUUAUCUUCUGAUCGACAAGUAAUAACGCCUUCUAAUAAAGAAUCAAAAGUAGUCAUUCAAAGAAAACAAUUAACGUCAAAACAUCGUCGUGCAUCAAUAGGUAGAUCGGAAAAGAAAAAAGACAAAUUAAAACGUUUAUAUAAAGAAUAUUCUGAUGAAAAUGUAUAUGAACAUUGGAAACCAUUACGAACUCAACAAUGUUCUGAACUAUGUCAAUAUGCUUUAGACAAAUAUCAUCAAAUAGAAUAG